ACCACCCCCUCACCACUUCUCUCUCAUUCUCUGUCUAUUUUCACAACAAUAAUGACAUCACACAGAAAUCUAUAUAACUUCUUCAGUCAGUUAAAACAUAAAACGUAUGGUGUUAGCAGAAAACAAUCACUUAGAAUUUACUAUAAAUAUUGGUUUUGUAAUGCUUUUCUUCUAAAGAAGAGUACAUUAGUUAACCUGAUACCUAUAUAAGCUCAGAAGACAUUUUACUCCUUGAACAUUUAUGAAAUCAUACUCCAAUGCUACUAUUGUGUGUUAUUAGCUUUUUAGUUCGUCUAACAGUCUGCCAAUAUGUAUGGAAUGAAAAUCUAGCCAAUUUAUUGGACAUGCAUAAUAAGUAUCGUGAAGAUGCUCUCAACUGCAAGAUACCAGGACAACCGGCAGCCAAGCAAAUGCCUACACUUCUUUGGGACUAUGACCUCGCGAGACAAGCACAACAGUUAUCAGAUACAUGUCGAUUUCAAUUUGGUUCACCUAAAUCUGACAAAUUUGUAAAGGUCGGGCAAAAUAUAGCAGGUUAUCCAAGUGUUAAAGAUGCUAUGGAGUCAUGGUUUAGUGAACAUCAGUAUUACAACUUUGACAAACACUCGGGUGUGCAAAAUUCCGGAAAUUACCUUCAGAUAGUUAGUGCCAAGACAACAGAAAUCGGAUGUGGCGUUACUAAGUGUAAAGGCAUAAAUGGUUUCAAAUAUGAUUUAUUUGUAGUUUGUAAUUAUGGAGAAGGAGCAGACUUCACCAAGAGACCAUAUGAAAAAGAUCCCUACAAAAAAUGUCAAGAACAACUCGUACCAUCUGUCAAGCCUACACAUGGUAAAUGGCAUGCCACUUAUGGUACAACGGAAUUCAACAGAAAACACUGUUAUUGUUACAAAUAAAUCUACUAGGAUAUUAUUUAUCAAAGACUAUGUUUCAUAUUUCGUAUUUAAAAUAAAUGUUGUC